AUGUUUAACGCCGCAUCAAGAUUGAUAACUGCUUUGGGCCUGAGAGAGGAAGCCGAUGACGCAGAGAAACAAAACGAGGAUGAGCAGUUGCCAUCAAUAAUAACGACAGAUGACCCCUCGGAUUCUUCCGACAAUCCUCCUACUCAGUUUCCCCUCCCCGGUAGUCCUCAACGCAUUCGUAGUCCGCUGACACCGCUUCAAAGGGCGUCUCAACAAAGACGAAAAGUUGCUCUUGAGCCUGGCCAUUCCGCUUUAGAUUGGGCCAGGUUAAAGUCUUCGGGAGUGGACCUUACGGACGGUGCAAGAGGAAUGAAGAAGAUCACUAUGGAAGAAGUGCAGCGUCAUCGGACAAGAACUGAUGCGUGGACUGUAUUAGGCGGUAAGGUGUAUAAUAUCACGCCGUACUUGAAGUUUCACCCUGGAGGUGUUGGAGAAAUAAUGCGUUGUGCUGGAAGAGACGGAACGGUUUUGUUUAUGGAAAUACAUUCGUGGGUUAAUUACGAACUGAUGCUAGAUAAAUGUCUCAUUGGAUAUCUCCUUGGGGACAGUGCAAAACUGCUAACUUAA